AAUAAAUUUAGAAAAUGGAACAAAAAGAUUCGGAUGCCAAUGGGUUGCAAUCCUCUCAAAUUUACGUCAAAGAUUUCUUUACAGAAGAAGAACAAGACAACUCCUUGGAAUCUCAGAAGAGCAAGGACAGAUUUGAAGAGAAAAAGCGAGAUUUCAAUUUGGCAAAAAUAGUUUCAGAAUUUACCCUCAAGAAAGAAAACUUCAUUAGGAUGGAUGGGGACAUUAACGAGUUUUAUGAUUUUGGUAAAAAGCUUGGUGAGGGAGCAUAUGGAGUCGUCUUCAAAGCUACUGAGAAGACCACUGGAGAAGAAAGAGCAAUUAAGAAAUUAAGCAGAAGUAAAAUAAAAUAAUCCCACAAGGUUUAAGAAUGAGAUAGAAGCUCUAAGGACUCUUGAUCACCCCAAUAUUAUCAAGCUGUUCAGAUAUUUUGAGGACGAAGAGUAUAUUUACCUUGUUCAAGAAUAUUGAGCAGGAGGAGAAUUAUUUGACCAUUUAGCUGAACAAGAUCAUUUUGAUGAGAGCUAUGCUGCUAAUGUUUUUGAGCAGAUCUUAAAAGCAAUUUGGUACUGCCACAAGAAUAGGAUAUGCCAUAGAGAUUUAAAACCAGAAAAUUUCAUGCUAAGUAGUGUGGAAGAGGGACCAGGAACAAUUAAAUUGAUAGAUUUUGGGCUCUCAAGAAAAUUCUUUGAAGUUACUGAUACUGGAGAGAAAGCAUUGCUUAGAAUGCAGACCAAAGCUGGAACUGCAUUUUUCAUGGCUCCUGAGAUAAUUCUAGGUAAUUAUUCAUACUCAUGAGAUAUGUGGUCUUGUGGAUGCAUACUUUAUUUAAUGCUUUCUGGCUAUGCUCCUUUUGAUGGUGAAACACAAGAAGAAAUUUUCCAAUCUAUUCUAAAUGCCGAAGUUGAUUUCAGUGAUCCUGAAUGGGAGAAUAUAUCUGACGAAGCUAAGGACCUUGUACUAUCUUUAUUAACGAACGAGAAUGAUAGACUCACUGCUAAAUCUGCUUUGAAGCAUCCUUGGUUCAAGUCAGUUUUAGGAAAAACAAAGAAAAAGAUUUCAAAGACUCAUGUUCAGAAAUUAAAGGACUUCACAAAAGCAUCUAAAAUUCGGAAAAUUAUCUGCAGUUUCUUAGCUUCAAGAGUGUCAAAUGAAGAAGUAAAGAGACAACUUGAAAGUUUUGACAAGCUUGACAAGAACAAGGAUGGAUAUAUAACACUUAAAGAGUUACACAAGGGACUGGGCAAGAAAUAUACUCUUGAAGAUGCCCAAGCUAUUAUGGAUAGCGUUGACACCAACAAAAAUGGUGCAAUCGACUAUAACGAAUUCUUGGCAGCUACUUUAGAUGCUGAGAUAGCCAAGAAUCUCAAAUAAACUAGAAAUGGCAUUUAAAUACUUUGAUCAGAACUCUGAUGGCUUUAUUGAUGAUAAGGAGCUGAAAGGCACUCUUGAAAGCAGUGAAAUCGAUGCUGAAGAUGCAAGCGCAUUUAAAAAUAUGCUCAUGGAAUGAGAAACAAUGGAGAAAGGAAAACUCAACUAUAAAGAGUUUCUCAGAUGAAUGAGUAUUUAUAGCGUCAAGACGAAGAAUCCAAGCGAUUUUAUAUAAUGUCGUAAAGUACUAUGCUUUGUC